AUGUGUGGGGAGCUCAUAAAUCGAUCUGCAGAUGCAAAGAAGAAAAAGAAGAAGAAAAAGCCAAAGAAGAAGAAGGCUGCUGCCACCCAGACGGCACCUCCACGAGUCGGGCUAAGCAAGAUCUAUCGCAAUGGAAUAUUUCCGGUCGGCGAAGAGGUGGAGUACCAGUACGAUACUACCUCUCGGAUAUCCUCAGCAGAGAAGAAGGAGCUAGAGAGGGCAGCACAUGCCGAUCCCGAGACCACCUACAGUGACAUCCGUCGAGCCGCCGAGGUACACCGACAAGUUCGACUGUACGCUCGAGACAACAUCAAACCGGGAAUGAGCAUGACAGAGAUCGCCGAGAUGAUCGAGGACGGAACGCGAGCGCUGGUCGAGGAGAGCGGACUGGAGAGCGGAGUCGGGUUUCCGACCGGUCUCAGCGUGAACGAAGUAGCUGCUCAUUACACCCCGAACGCAGGAGACAAGCAGUAUUUGAAGCAAGGAGACAUCCUGAAAGUCGACUUCGGCGUGCAUGUCAACGGUCGUAUCGUGGAUUCGGCCUUUACCCUGAACUUUGCGGACCCGGAGUGGGAUACCUUGUUGGCUGCUGUUAAGGAUGCUACUAAUACUGGAAUCCGAGAAGCCGGAAUCGACGUCAGAUUGUGUGAUAUCGGGGAUCAGAUCCAGGAGGUUAUGGAAUCAUACGAGGUUGAAAUCGGCGGCAAGAAGCAUCAAGUCAAGGCCAUUCAAAACCUGAACGGCCACUCUAUCGCUCCAUAUGUGAUUCAUGGAGGCAAGACGGUCCCCAUCGUCAAGAUGCACGGCUCCGCACGGGAUGAGACCAAGAUGGAAGAAGGCGAAUAUUACGCCAUCGAGACUUUCGGAAGCACCGGGGUCGGGCGGGUCUUUGAACAAGGUGCAUGUUCGCAUUACGCCUUGAGCCAGCAAAUUCCGGAAAAGUACAACUUGCACCACCAGACCGCCCGAAGUCUACUGAAAUCGAUUCAGAAAAACUUCGGCACCUUGCCUUUUUGUCGCCGGUAUCUUGACCGGGCGGGAGAGAAGAAUUACUUAUUGGCAUUGAACACUCUGGUGAAGGAAGGCCUGGUCAUGGACUAUCCUCCUCUUGUCGACCCUCAGGCAGGGUGCAUGACAGCUCAAUUUGAACAUACCAUCUUGCUCAGGCCGACUUGUAAGGAGGUUGUAUCGAGGGGAAGUGACUACUAA